GGGGCGUGGCCAGCGCCUCUUCCAAACGUAUUGAUAAGCGGUGGCGUCGUUCCUCGAGGACUCAGUAGAGCUUCGAGGAGCGCGCCAGGCAGCAGCCCAGCGGACAGCCCCCACUGAACAAGUGCGCGUGAAGCGUCCCCAACACGUGAACGGCACGAGCAGGACGCACCGCCCGGAGAGCCGCUGACUUCCUCCCAAGUUUUGUAUUUUCCCUGGAAAUGGACCUCACAGCCAAGAUGGAGAUUAACGUCGGCCAGCAGCAGCUCAUGCCGCCAGCCUGCUUCUUCUCCGCCGCGGCGGCGGCGGCGCAGAGCGUCCAGCUGAGCCCGGGCGGCAGCAGCCAGGGCAGCGGCAAGUCCGCGUGCAAGCAGCCCAAGCGGCAGCGCUCCUCGUCCCCGGAGCUGCUGCGGUGCAAGCGCAGGUUGAACUUCGCGGGCUUCGGCUACACGCUGCCGCAGCAGCAGCCGCACGCGGUGGCGCGCCGCAACGAGCGGGAGCGCAACCGCGUGAAGCUGGUCAACAACGGCUUCGCGACCCUGCGCGAGCACGUCCCCAACGGCGCCGCCAACAAGAAGAUGAGCAAGGUGGAGACGCUGCGCUCCGCCGUGGAGUACAUCCGCGCGCUGCAGCAGCUGCUGGACGAGCACGACGCCGUCAGCGCCGCCUUCCAGUCCGGCGUGCUGUCGCCCACCAUGUCCCAAGGAUACUCCGCCGACAUGAACUCCAUGGCGGGGUCACCCGUGUCCUCCUACUCGUCCGACGAGGGUUCCUACGACCCGCUGAGUCCGGAGGAGCAGGAGCUGCUGGACUUUACCAACUGGUUCUGAGCAUCUGUAUGAGAAGUAUGGAUCAAGUCUAUUCACUGGCGUCGCGCGCUUGUGAUGGUCCUGGAGGAGGCUGGGCGAUGAACUGUGCACGCGCCUUGGUCGUGCGUCCUGAGCGCCCGGUCCUCCCAGACUGUGAGGCACGAAGACGGACGGA